AGCAGAUGUCGCCACCUUCAAGGGCGACAUACAACCUUACACGGGUGAAACGCGUAGAAAAGUGGAAUCAUGAAUUAAAGGUGUUUCGAUAAACGAGCCAGCUCGCGUAUCGUAAUAAAACAGUACCAGAGGUGUUAUGUUGUCCCUCGUAUCAAUCGUCAAUAUCGUGGAGUGGCGUCGAAACGUCGAAUAUCUGUGACAAAGUGUUUCGCUUGUUGCACAGUUGCCAAGGCGACUAAAGUGCGUGCGUGAGUGCGUGUGCGUGUCAAAAAGUGUGCUAUGAAAAGAGAACGAUCGUCAGAACGACAAUUCUACGGCUAUCUUUGUACUGACGGCAACUCGAUGCUUCAAAAACAAACAGCCUGAAGACGGGACUAUUAUGGACUACCCGGUUUUGGGCCACUACGACCUGACUGUAGAGGCCACGGUCGAGAGCGGCGGCGAUGAGCAAGAACUGCUUUGGGAAGAAACAAAUUAUGUCUUAUCCAAUGAGGAAUAUGUACCUGCAGCUGAGCAAUUCGGAGAAGAUUUUGCUGGAGCUGAAUUUCAUGAAACUCGUACUUUACUUGCCGAUGGGGGGGAUAGAUUUGGAGUUUCCACUGCUACUUUCGAUGCUGUCGAAGAACUUAUGUGGAUGGGAAAUCAAGGGGGACAUGUAACAUCAUACUUUGGAUCAGGUUUACAAAAGUAUACCUCAUUCCAAGUGCAUGCUACACAAGAAGUUCGACAUAUUCAUCCGUUAGAUGAGGGAAUUUUAAUCCUGACACAAAGUUUGUUAAGAUGUCAAUUGCGAAGAGGCAUACCAAUAUUUACACACACGUCACCAAAUAUGAUAGACAUGCAAUGUAUGCUUCAAAUUUCACCAACGAGGCUACUUAUGGGAGGGCACCAGGAAAAGAUAAUUGAUUUUAAUCUUACCAGAGGAAAAGAGACUGGAUUAGUAAAUGUAGGAGAAAGUGGUUGUGCAAUUUUAAGGCAGCAUAGUAGACUUGUAUGUGCUGGUAAUCCUGCAGGAAGGAUUGAUCUCAGGGAUCCAAAUACAUUAUCAAUAGAACAUACUUUCGAUACUCAUAGCGGUUCUCUCAGUGAUUUUGAUGUUCAAGGAAAUUACCUUGUCACCUGUGGUUUUAGUAACAGUCGUCAAGGCCUUUCAGUAGAUCGAUUCUUAAUGGCAUACGACUUGAGACAAAUGAGAGCAUUGAGUCCUGUCACAACUGUAGUAUAUCCCCUUUUAUUGAAGUUCCUACCCAGUUAUUCAAGUCGUUUAGCCGUCGUAUCACCAUUGGGACAAAUGCAACUUCUUGAUACUAUCUAUGCUAAUGUACAACCAUCCAUGACAUGCUUGUAUCAGGUUGCUACUGGUGGUGCUAUGAUAUUAUCAUUUGAUGUAUCAUCUACAUCUCAAUGCCUUUGCUUUGGAGAUUCAGCAGGUUCUAUACAUCUUAUGUCUACAAAUACACCAGAGCCUCAAUUUAAUACUUUCUCUCGGCCAACAGAAUUCGCUGAUCCUGUUGAAACAAUUCAGCCUAUAUCAUUUGAUGAUGAUAUUACACCGCUAAGUACAAUACCUAUUGUUUAUACUGGGCAUCCGUUAUUAAGUGAUUGGCCAGAAGAAUAUUUAAAAAAAAUCUAUAGGAAAACACCAUCAAUUGAUCCUGAGAUUCUGCGUACAAUGAAGAUGCAAGGAACAAUAGGCUAUGCACCAAAUCCUCAGGCGUUCCGCAGAAAUCAAAUACCUUACAAUUUGGAAAAACGACGUGGCGUAGUUGCAAAGCUUUUCGCGGGGGACUCACGAUCUAAAACAGAUGACGGCACAUUUGUAGCUAUACCAAAACGUUAUCGUAAAAUUGAGGUAAAAUACUCACGUUUGGGUUACGAUGAGUUUGAUUUUGAUCAAUAUAAUCGCACCAGCUUCUGUGGCUUGGAAGCUACACUUCCUAAUAGUUAUUGUAAUGCUAUGUUGCAGUUACUGUACUAUUGCGAACCUGUGAGGAUAGCAUUGCUUUCUCACUCGUGCCAAAGAGAAUUCUGCCUCUCUUGCGAGCUAGGAUUCUUGUUUCAUAUGUUAGACACGUCACGAGGAUUGCCUUGCCAGGCUGCUAAUUUUCUUCGAGCUUUUAGGACGGUCCCAGAAGCGGCAGCUUUGGGACUCAUAUUAAGUGAUCUACAUCCAGAAGCUAAAAGAAAAACGAAUUUGAUUAGACUGAUACAAAGUUGGAACAGGUUUAUUCUGCACCAAAUUCAUUAUGAAAUAUUAGAAACAAGAAAACGGCAGCAAGAAGAGGAAGAAGCGGCUCGCCUUAAGUCGGGUCCCAAAUGUCCACCAUUUGUUUAUAACGAGCAAGACUUUCCUAGUAUUUUACAGGACAUCGGUUCUCGGUAUAGAAGUCACGAUGAAGAGAGGAAAAAAAGGAGGAAGCAAGAUGAGGAUGGUAAAUAUGUGUGGAUCACAUCGAAAGAUAAGAACAACAAAAAAUCUAUUGAAGAGAAUGAAGUGCGAGAUGAAGAGACAGAGAUCAGUCGCCUGUUUGGGUCUGAACAAAUGCAUAUACACCGCUGUCUCAAAUGUAGGCAAGAAGCUACAAAACAUUCCAUCAUGUUGCUGUGUAACUUAGUUUAUCCAGAAUUGUUGCACCCUUCAGAGGAGGUUCCGUUUACGAGUGUUCUUGCCCGCAGUUUAAGACCCGAGAAAAUUACACCUGCAUGGUGUGACAAUUGUCAAAAAUUUACACCCACUCUCCAAUCUCGACAAUUGACUAAAUUACCUCAAAUAUUGGCUCUGAACUGUGGUUUAGAUACACAGCAGGAUAAAGUAUUUUGGCAAACUCAGAUGGAUAUUGUUGUACAAAAAGUAUUAAGUGGGAAAGAAAGCAGUCCAUCUUCAAGUCCCGUCCCUAUUACCGUAAAGCCCUGUCGAUACGGUAACAAUUGUACUCGAAUUGGUUGUAGAUUCAGACACGUUGGUAGAGAUUCAGAAAAUGUAUCAACGUCGCCCAUUACACCACCCUCAACGACUACUCCUACCGUAACACCACCCAGUCACUUGUACUAUUCGCAUUCAUGGAUUCCACACAAUAUCGAGAUUUCUCUGAGCAACAAUGGUGAAUUAUCCGUGGAAAAAAUUAACAGUCCAAAGGGUCCUUCUACUGAAAGUAAUAAGUCCAACGAGGAGUCCAUAGUAGAAAAUGGCCAGGGUGAUAGCAAGCUGCAGGAAAACUCAGAGAGUCAUGGAACAGAUUCUGAAGGGAAAGAAGUAGAGAAUCACGUGACCUCGGGACUAGAUAAUGGGGAUGGAGAAAGCGCAAAUGCGACCGAUGAAAGUUCAAAUAAAGUAAACAAAAUGCAGUACAGUCUCAGUGCCGUUGUUUGUUACAUCGAUGACAAAAGCAACGAAGAUAGGAGGAACAUUGUUGCAUUGCUGCAAGUCGGACCACAUUAUCACGAAAGAUCAACCGGCAGUGCAGUGUCGCAGUGGUAUAUCUUGAAUGACUUUUGUAUAUCAGCUGUAACACCUCACGAGGCAGUUUGGUUCAAUCUUGAUUGGAAAGUCCCCUGUGUACUUCAUUAUACGGCGGUGCCAGCACCUGAGCCAGCACCUUUCGUUAGUCCACUUACGUAUGAUGUUUUUGGGGAAGACAAAUGCAUCGCUCGUAGUGGAGGAACAAGGGGCAUCACAUUUACUCCCCUAACAUCUGACGAAAUGCCGAAAAAAGGAGAAUUGGUAGGAAUCGAUGCCGAAUUCGUUACUUUGAAUCAAGAAGAGUCUGAGCUUCGAAGCGAUGGGAAAAUGUCUACUAUAAAACCGAGUCAUAUGUCGGUUGCACGUAUCACUUGCAUUCGAGGGCAAGGUCCUUUGGAAGGCACUCCCUUCAUAGAUGAUUAUAUAAGCACUCAAGAACAGGUGGUUGAUUACUUGACGAAGUUCAGUGGUAUUCAACCUGGCGAUUUGGAUGCUAAUUUCAGUAGUAAACAUCUGACUACGCUCAAGUCGACGUAUCAGAAGUUGCGAUUCUUGGUCGACAAUGGAAUUAUAUUCGUGGGCCAUGGCCUAAAAAAUGAUUUUAGAGUGAUAAAUUUAGUUGUACCGCCAGAGCAGAUCGUAGAUACGGUAUUGCUCUUUCAUUUACCUCAUCAUCGCAUGGUGUCAUUGCGAUUUUUAACAUGGCACUUUUUGGGUAAAAAGAUUCAGUCUGAAACACACGAUUCGACCGAGGAUGCACGUGCAGCGCUUGAAUUGUAUCGCAAAUACAAGGAGCUUGAAAGCUCUGGCAAGUUGGCCGAAUCGUUGAAAGAGCUUUACCAUGUUGGCAGUCAGCUACAGUGGAAAGUUCCGGACAGCUGAUACGAGGAUGAUCCUCCCGAAGAAGUACAUGAUAUAGUCACACCAGGUAACAACGGUGAAGCUUAGAUGACGAUUUCAAAGCAUAGUGUAAAUAAUUUUAAGAUUGUGCCUCGAAAGGUAUCAUCUGACCCAUUGAUAAUUCGUCGAUGCUUACAAUUUCCAAUUUCGCGACCGAAUUAUGUACUUGUUUCCGAGAUUCGGUAUGUUUAAUUCUAUAUACGUAGAAGGAGAGGGUAGUGUCCGAGGUUAAAGUGUGGUGAUCUCUCGAAGGUUAAGAUUACGGGUACAAUUACAUUGUCAAUCAUUUAGUAUUUUCUUUUUCUACGAUAUUUAUUCGUUAGAUCGUUCAUUACCUCUGUCGCAUGAGGUAUGAACGUAAUCGAAUCGUCGUAUGUGAAUCAUAAAUUUUAGUUAGUUUCCAUCUAAUCGAUCAUGUAAAUUAUUAAGAUAACCGAAGGAAAGAAAUUCUUGUAUACCGUGGUUUUUAGAAAGAGUAACGGCGACUUUGUACAUAUUGUCCGAUAGCACAUUAACGUUUUGGAGAGCAGUAUCAAUCCCACACUGCCCGACCAUCUAUGAUAUUUAUUUCAAUUUCUUGAUGUAUUCCAACUGGAAGGUAACGCAAUCCAUCCCGCUCGGUAACUGCAUUACAGUACGUGUGUAUAUAAUUGAUAGUUAGUAUGCUAGCAAUAAUUCUGGAUGGGAAAUCUGUACGAAGGUAAUGUUCCGCAAUUUCCUUUUAUAUGUAUCUUUUCUAAUCCAUUAACUUUUGUACCAUUUUAUCUAAUGAUAUCUCACAAGGAGAGAAAAACCACAUUUUUAUAAGGUUAACUUGGUCCUAAUGGAUUUCAGUUCUCGUCCAAGUGUCGCAAGCCGUUUUAAUUGAUUCUAAGCGUUAAAGCAACCGAAAAUGUUUUCUACACGGACCUUUUCUACGAAGCUCUCGAAACGUAAAAGAUAUUAACAAGAUAGUAGUAUAUUUUACAAACAAUUGUACUCAUAGAUUAUUUUUAUAUACAUUUUACCAAUGUCAAAAAAAGAGUAAAGAGGCAAAAUAAUACUGUCAAAAUCUAUUAAACUAAACAAGAUUAUUAAAGCAUCUAUUUUUUUAUAUAUCUGGAAGAAUUUCCUUAUAAUUUGUGCACAACGAAACUCACACGUUACACGUUCAUUUCGAUGGAAACGCGAUCCAUGUAGUUGAUGUGAAGAAAUCAGUGGCACUCGAUGGUAAACGGUAAUCAUGCAUUUGUUUUGUGUACACUACGUCAUUGUGAUUUUUCAAUAAACGAUCUUAUGGAAAAUAAA